GCCACAGGUAUUCAACUUGUGUACAUAAAAAGAUUAAGGCUGUGGUCUCAGUACAAGAUAUAUUUGUGUAUUGUGUUUUGUAUCAGUUUUGAUGAGGAUUACAUUGAAUUGAUUCUGUUUGGGGAAGAUGUAUGCAAAGCUGCUUUUAGCAGCAGCCGCUGUGCUGUGUUUACACAUAGGAUUAGCAAAUUCUCAGGAUCAGCAAUAUAAUUUUAACCAAGGUCGGAAGUUAUUUGAAGAACCGACAUACUUUGUUGUAGCGCCCACACGAAUAUAUCCAAAUGAGGAAGUUCAAAUCAGCGUCUCCAUACUGAAGUUAGAGUACAAGAGUGUCCUUGUGAGAGCAUCUAUACAGAAGGGCCCCAAGGAAUAUGCAAGUGCCAGUUACACAUUCGAUAGAGUUUCGACAAAGCUCUUACAGCUGAAGAUGCCCGAGGAGUCGGAAAAGGGUGAAUACACCCUCCGCGUUGAAGGCUCAGUCACGGGCGGUGGCGUAGGAAACUUCAUCUUCGAGAAUGACACCAAACUGGAAUUCUUCGAGAAGCAGCUCGCCGUGUUUAUUCAGACAAACAAACCAGUUUACAAACAAGGCCAGACGGUGUAUUUCAGGGUUGUGCCGGUGAAACCCAACCUCAUGCCUGGGUCACAGAUGGUAGACAUCUACAUUGAGGAUAGCACCAAUACAACAGUUAGAAGGUGGCUCUCAAGACAGACAACCUCUGGUGUAUUAAACAUGGAAUUCCUGCUCUCUCAGCAACCAAACUUUGGAGACUGGCGGAUAAGGCUUGUGAUUCGGGAUGCCGAGUACAUCAAAACUUUCAAAGUUGCCGAAGUCUAUCGUCCACGUUUUGAUGUGAAUGUGACGGUGCCAAAUUACAUCAUGGAUCGAGGAUGGGGUCUUCCUCUUCUCGUUGAGGCAAAUGACACUUCAGGCCGCGGUAUCAUCGGUAACGGAACCAUCUACCUGAGAAUGGUGCAUGAAUCUGGUACCAAGGAACCCGUCAUCAUACAGAGGGAUAUCGAAUAUUUCCGAGGACGCAACAAGACGUUCUUUGCCUUGGACGAGUUGAGAUACGCUGCCCAAACAAACAACAUCUUCGGCUAUGAGAUCUUCGUCAACGUGUCGAUCAGCAGUUGGUGGUACCUCCAGAACAUGACAGGCUGGGCAUACAGUUACAUAUACAGCAGUGAGAUAGAGUUGAAUUUCCUUGGGAACGAGGUCGUCCCGUUCAAACCCGGCAUGAUGUUCUCGUGUUACCUUGCUGCAUCUAGAAUGGAUGGCUCUCCGCUACGUCUGAGCGAUUCCCGCCAGAUUAUCGUGAGGCGGAUCAUUACAGGAGGACAGUUCGCCAAGACCCAUGCGGACGAGAUCCAUAUCAUACCAGACAACGGGAUAUUCACAUAUACGUUCAACACUCCCGAGGAUGCAGAGGGAGUGGAGGUCAAGGCAUUUUACCAACGAGAUGAAAACAUCCAAGCCGUUCAAAAAGCCAUUCGCGUCUAUUCGCCCUCAAACAGUUUCAUCCAAGUGACUACAGCCACUUUGAACCCGACCGUCAACGAAUACAUGAUAUUUACCAUCAGAUGCAAUAACUUUGUGGAUUAUGUUUACUACCAGAUUGUGGCCGCAGGUAGAAUUGUUGUGGCAGACAGGUUAGCCAUGACUGCCCGCCAAAAGACGUUCUCCGUUGCUUUGUCGCGUGAUAUGAUUCCGAAGGCCCGAGUGGUCGCUUACUAUAUCCGUCCAGAUCGUGAAGUAGUGGCCGACGCUCUCAAUUUCUUUGUCAAUGGAACCAGAUUAUAUGACGUGAAGGUUGAAUUCAACAAAGGAAAAGACUUCUCUGGUGCGACUGCUCAGAUGUCUGGCCUUACGUUGCCUGGUGUGUACAUCUCAUUCGCUGGUAUCGACCGGGACCAAUGGGUGGCUGGGGCAUCUCCAUUUCUCUCAGAGGAAGAGGUUGUUAAGGAGCUUAGUACCUUUGACGGCCAUGCCAACAGCAGCUACCAAUGGACGUGGACAUUCUCGGAUGAUUUCGAGCAGACGGUCUAUUACCCAGCUUCCUCCUACGCCAUGGACACAAAUCUCACGUUCAAGUAUGCUGGUCUCAUUGCCUUCACUGAUGCAAAUGUGACCCGCCUGCCACAUCAGUGUAACGAGACAGCCGGAGAGUUGCCAUGCCAGACUGACCGACGUUGUUUCAACAUCGAAAAGCGAUGCGACCAAGUGCGCGACUGCCAAGAUGGAUCAGAUGAACUCGGCUGCAGCUAUCCUCGGACGAGGUCCAAGCGCAAGAGGCCGCUGUUUAUGUUCAACUUCCUACAGCGUCACUUCUUGGACACGUCCUGGUUGUGGAAGUCUUACAUGACUAAGCAUGAAGGGAGGGUGGACAUCACCACUAAUGUGCCCAAUGAUAUUCCUCUCUCCUGGAUGGUCAGUGCGUUUGCCAUGAGCAGAGAGAAAGGACUUGGUCUCAUGCCUCGGCCAAUAUUGUUUGAUGCUGUCCAGGCCUUCAUCAUGAAUGUUGAGAUGCCAACCAACGUCAGAUUAGGUGAACAGGUGGGCGUGCGUGUCACGAUCAUGAACUUCUGGAAUGACUACUUCGAAUGUGUGGUGACGCUGCAUGCUUCUCCUCAAUAUAAGAUGGUCGAGGUCGAGUCUAUGGGUAUCGUGAGCAGUUACAGGCCCAGGACAUCCGGGGGCGACCAUCAAACUUUACUAUAUCUCGAGCCAGGACAAACUGCCCAUGUAUACCUAGCUGUACUGCCAAUUGUUCGAGGUCCGCUCUCUGUCACUGUCAGUGGCGCCACCUUUAUUGGAAGUGACACUGUCACCAAGCCACUCUUUGUCAGUUACGAUGGUGUGACAAACCACUAUCACACUCCAUACUUGGUGGACUUGCUCAGAACUGGUUCCAACAUUCUUCCUGACUUGGACAUUCCCGUACCAGAACAGUUCACCACACCAGAACAGAGAGAGCAUCUCUACGUACCUGGAUCUGGGAGGGCCCUUGUUCGUAUUGUUGGUGACAUUGUUGGCCCUGGUUUCUUCGAGGAUCAUCUCACCUCUGAAAAUCUCCUGGAGAAACCGUACGGAUGCGGCGAGCAGGCAGUGUACAACUUGGCCGUCAACAUGUACUAUCUUAAGUUUCUCAAGGCGACCGCCCAGCUCACAGAUGGUGUGAAAGAAAAAGGAUUGGACUACGUCAAUAUUGCUCUCCAAAGAGUUAUGAGUUACUACAACGAGGAGGGUUACAUCCAAGGAUUCCGAGACUUCCCCGACAAGAGUGUCUGGCUCACAGCUUUUGCUCUUGGUUCCUUGUACGACGCCCGGGAAGCUGAUUGGGAGUACGACAUGUUCAUUCCAAUGGAGCUCCUGAAUAAGAUCGCUCUUUGGCUAAUUUCCCAACAGAAUAAGGACACGGGUGCUUUCUAUAACGAAGGACCUCUGUAUGACUCAAAGAUGAAGGUACUCAAGACUGUCGUCUAUAAUGGCCAAACAUUACCAGCAAAUAUUUCAAUCACUGCAUACACCGUGGUAGCUUUGGCGAAAGCUAAGGGCCUGACUGGGAAUGCACGUAACCUUGCAGUAACGUCCAUCGGAACAGGAGCUGAUUACCUCGCCAACCUCAUCCCAGAGAUUACCGACACAUUCCAGUUGACCCUUGUGGCGUACGCUCUCCGUUUGGCGCAGCAUUCCAAAAAGGGUGACGCUUUCCAGGCCAUGAGAAAUGAGGCAAUCACUGAGAAUGACUUUAUCUAUUGGUCGCACAACAAGUUCAUGAUCAACCCUGUCAACAUCACCAAGGUGGACACAGUGCCAUUCUAUCAGCCCCGAUGGGAGGGACCCUGGGACGGCUAUGCGACUCAGGCGUCGGGUUAUGCCCUGUUGACAUACCUUGGCAACAACUUGAGGUUGGAAGCCUACCCGACCAUGAAGUGGUUGACGUACAUGAGGAACACCAUGGGUGGCCAGGCAUCGACGCAGGACUCAAUUGUGGCCCUUCAGGCCCUGACCGACUUUGCCAAAUUGGAUGCAUCGCGUGAUUUGUAUAACGUGGAAUUCACUGUCGAGGCCACAUCAUCGGCCCGCUGGAAGAGAACCAUUGUCUUGACGAGGGAAAACUUUGCUGAUCUUCAGACUGUCCAAAUUCCGGCUGUGUGGGGUAGCGUUAAGGUGACCGUUGAAGGGACUGGUCUGGCCACAGUCUCGUUGGACACUUUCAUCAACGUCGAGUACAGGAGGUUCUUGAAGUAUCCGCAGGCCAAGUUCUUUGACCUGACCAUUCCAAAAGAGGGGCUCAAGUUCAGCGGCAGGAAUUUCUCCAUCUUUGAAAUGACCGCCUGUGCAAGAUGGACGGCAACAAAUGUAGCAAAAUCUGCCGGCCUGUCCGUUAUUGAAAUAGAAAUCCCUAGCGGCUACGUCAUUUCAAAUGGGUAUCUAAGACGCCAUCUACAGGCCGGCAAUAUGGCGCCGAAUGUCCACCGCGCAGUCUUCCGUAAGGGGAUGGUCACAUUUUAUAUAGAAACUCUUACCACUGAACCUACCUGUGUGUUUUUCCGUGCUGAUCGCUGGUACCCUGUGGCUAACAUCACCAUUCAACAUCGGAUGAAGGUCUAUGAUUACUAUGAACCAGGUCGCUACAACCAGUCGCUGUACACUGUCUACAAUCUGUUCAACCUUGGUGUUUGUCACGUGUGCGGAUCGUUCCAGUGUCCGUAUUGUGCAGAUUACAACGCGGGAACGACCAUCGUGGCCAGCAUCUCCGUCCUUGUGAUGUCCUUCAUGUUUGCGCUUUAUAAAAAUUUACAAUUUCUGCAUGUCGGGUCGUUUGGUACUUGACGGGGUUGAGGCGCAUGUGAAUAGGAUGGGGCUGCAGUUUGUACAGUCUUCAUUCUUAUCAAAUAGAGGGUCCAAUGAGUUUUAACUAGGGAGAUGUUCCAAAUCUUACAAUUUCUAAGCAUUCCAAUUUAGAUAUAAUCCUACUGUAAAUAUUGACACCUGCAUGACUUAAAUAUUCUCAGAACAGUUCGGUAUACCUCUAUACCAAUAUUUUGAAUACUAAACUUUUUGCUUAAGUCACUGCACUUUAGAACUUAGGUUUAUUUGUUUGCGAAUAGUGCAGAUGUCAUACGGCAUUUGAUGCCCUUUUUUAGUUUUGUGUACCAGUUGAUGUCUCUACUAGAUGCUUAAAGCAGCUCAUUCAUUUUACUGUAAAGUCUAUUUCAAAUGAAAAUGACACUGCACAGAAAAACGCCUAAAAUGAGUGGCGGACGAGGCUCAACUGGCUUAAUACCGUCGACACAGUAUAUAUACAAUUUUCGAAAUGAUGCAAAAUACAUUUUUUAUUCUAUCCAACAAAAGGUUGGUCCUACCAAUAUUCGUUUGUAUCAUGUUUAAAGUACAUCUUGACUUUCCGGCCAAAGUUUUGUUAAUGGCCAUCGUCGAUGUCUAUGGCCAUAAUUAACUGCUUCUAGCGUACGUCUAACGAAAUAUCAUGUUCAUCUAUUACUUGUAGUAUUACUUGAUUAUUUAUGACCCUUUAAGGACCAAAGUCCACCUGGACCCCACAGGUACAUGUACCUAUGCAUAGGAAUCAUUGCUUAGGUGUUAUUAAAAGAAAAAGAUGGGAAGAUUUAUGAAAAUUCUAUGAAGUAACCUUCCUGAAUUCUAAAAUUAUCGCUGUCGGAUUGUUUUCCUGAAUGAAGUUGAGUCCUGAAAGGGUUAAGAUACUUUAAGUAAUAAUCAUGGGACCAAUUUAUGAAUUGUCUGAUCAUGCUAUAUAUUCGUUGCAUUUUGGAGCUCUGGCUCCAGCUUCUUGUCAGUCAAGGUCAACACCAAUGCCUCCCUAUCUAAACAAAUUGAAGGGGGGGCAUUGAAAUUCUCAAUGUCCCCAUGUAACCGCGAGAACUCACUUUAAGGAAAAAUAAAACAGCUAUGAGUUGUUUAGUUACAGAAGAAUUGACUAAAAGAUGUUUUUGAGUUUGUUAUAACAAAUCAGAUUUGGCGUUGAUCUUGACUGUCGCCUGUCUGUAAAUUUAUGAAGAAAUCCUAUUCGUAGAAGUAGUUUUCAUUAUCAAGAAGAUACAUUUUAUAUACUAUGUAUGUACAUUUAUAACUAGUAUAUUUUAUAACCACGAGCGUGGACCAUGCGUCUAUUAUAAACAUGCUAUUAUGUACAUAGGUUUGUUACUUGUAUUGCUUAUAGAUGGCGCUGCCAGUCAUGUACCGUCCUUAUUCGUAUACUGUAGGGUUAUCAAAGGUCUAAAAUCCCCAUUCGAUUUUAACAACUGAAAUACAAGAUAGAAGAUCUUUCAAAUUUGCGGCUGUCCACCUUGUGUAUUGUUGUCAAUGUUAGUCUCAUCAUUUGUAUUGCACGAUCUGUUCAGCAAUGCAUUGCACUGCUGCACACAGGCUUGCCAAGCCCCGAAAACUAAAUUCGCAGCAAAAGGGCUUAAUCUAUUUUUGAUCAUACCUAUAUUUCAAAGUUAUCGGAAUUGUUACACAUAAAGUUCCUGCCUUUAUAGAGAAUCCAUUUAUUGAUAGGUUGACGGGCAGUUUGUGCCAUACAUACAUGACAUAGCUUUAGACAUCUACAUUAUUUCAUUCAGUAGCUAUGAAUCUACAUUUUGGAAAAUCAAUAAUCAAUUAUAUCUGCAUUAAUGUGAUAAGUUUCAAACAUGUUUCUCCAUGAGAAUACAGUAGAAACUCUAUUAAGGACAUCCUUGGGACAGACAAAUGCGGUCUGUAAAUGCCCGUCCAGUGUAAUCUCGGGAGACUCAACCUUUAAAUUAUAUGUAUCGUUGGAAUUUUAUAUGGGGCAGCGAUAGCGCAGUGGAAGAGAGUCGGCCUCAUGAUCAGGAGGUUGUGGGUUCGACUCCCGGCCGAGUCACUGCUUAGUUCCCCUACUGGUCGAGUUCAUGUGAGCACCUUCUGGUUGCUCCUUGAAACCCCUGAUUGAUUUCUGUGGAGACCGGGGUAAUGAUAUGAUAUCCCCAAGCGCUUUGAGCGGCCAGUUGAUGGCUGGAUACUUCACUAUAUAAGACUCGUAUUAUUAUUAUAAAUGAAAUGAAAUCACAUUCCUGUCCUUUGUCCAAAUGAUAGCAUAUAUCCUGUCAAAUGAUUUUACGUAAUUAAAUGCCAUUUAUAUAA